GCGCGACAUUCUAAUGUGUCUGCGUACAUGUAUGACGCAGACCUUUGUAUAACUGGAUAAGAGACACAACAGAAAAGUUCUCAUUUAGUGCUUCAUACUUCUUUACUUCUCCAAACAAUACAGACAAGAAAAAGGAAGAGAAAACAAGAUCAAAAAUGAAACGUUUCAAAUUAAAGAUAUCAAGAAUCCUCUCCUUCAGAUCGUGCCGUUCAAAAGAUUCAUCCGAUCUCCCUUUCAAUCCUGUCCCUUCAUUCCCCCGUCGACCUCCUCCAUCAGCUGAUCCAUCAACCACCAUGCCACAGCAUCGUCGUCGUUCUUCUUUUAGACAACACGUGCUAACCACUUUUGGCUGCGGCUCAAGUCGGCUACGCACUUCCACGCCACUGGAUACUUCCCGGAGGAACUCAACGUCGGUAUCUCCGCCGCAGACGCCGACGUUUCAGUGGGAAAGCGAAGGAAAAUGGCACGUGGUUUCUCAAGAAGAUGAGGGAGAAUACGAGACGCCUCGUCGGAAAAUCUACGACGGAGAUGACCGUCGGCGGCGUUCGGUGAAGAAAGAGAUAUACGCGCGGCGGAGAGGGAGCACUUCCUCAGCCGAAGAGGAGACGGAGAGAGAGAGCCUCUUACCGUCUUCUACAAACCUCUCGCCGGAAAGUUCCUCUUCCGGGUUGCCACGUGUCACUAUACGACGGAGAAACCUUCCCAAGAGAAAAAGCACGUCGUCGUUGAUAGACGAGGAGAAAAGCGAGUCGUCUUCUCCGCCACUGUCUCCGGCGAGAUUGUCGUCGUUCGUGCAGAGAUUAAUCCCGUGCAAGGCGGCGUCGGCGGCUGUGAUGGAAGGAGUGGCGGUGGUGAAGAGAUCGGAGGAUCCGUACGAAGAUUUCAAAGGGUCGAUGAUGGAGAUGAUAGUAGAGAAGAACAUGUCUGAAAUGGCUGAGCUUGAACAGCUUCUCAGCUGCUUCUUAACGCUAAACGCGAAACGCCACCACCCCGCGAUUGUUAACGCGUUUUCUGAGGUUUGGGUUGCUUUGUUCUCCGGUGGUCACGACGGCAGCAGAAGGUCCAGUGUUCAACUCUCCGAUUAUGAUGAGUGUUAAAAUAACAACUAUGUUUAAAAUUCUCUGUUUAUGCCUUAACUUAAUUUAUCUUUCUGGUUUUUUAAUACUAGUUAAAUGGUCAAUUGUAAGUGGUAAUUAUGCGGUGGUGCAAUGAUUAAAACUGUAAUCUUUAUGCUCUGUGCCUGUUCCAAUUUAAAUAAUCUAU